AUGGAGAAGUAUGGAAUCAAACACAAGAUGGCAUUGGGAUAUCAUCUGCAGUCAAAUGGGCAAGCGGAAGUGUCAAAUCGUGAGAUUAAGCUGAUUUUAGAGAAGACGGUGCAAGUUAAUAGAAAGGAUUGGUCGAAUAAGGUUGAUGAUGCGUUAUGGGUUUAUCAAACAGCUUUUAAAACGCCAAUUGGUACGUCUCCCUACCGUCUUGUAUAUGGUAAAGCUUGUCACUUUCCAUUUGAAUUGGAGCAUAGGGCACAGUGGGCGUUAAAGAAGUUGAAUUUCAAUCCAGUCGCAUCGAAAGCAUUAAGGCUAGCUCAACUGAAUGAGCUAGAUGAAUUGCGUCAUGAUUCCUACGAGAAUGCACAACUCUACAAAGAGAAGACAAAGAAAUGGCAUGACAAUAAUAUUGUCAAUUGGACUUUUUAA